GUUGUCUUUUUCUUAUGUGGGUUUCUUUCUCAUGGUCUCUUUCGGCUGAAUCUUUUGAUAGCAGCUGUUAUUUUGAUGUGGAUUUCUCUCUUAUGGCCUAAUUUAACAUGAUAAGUAACUGUUCUUUUCUGAACUGGGUAUCUCUCUCAUGGUCUCAUAUCGCUGGUGGCCAUUGUUUUCGAUUUGGGUUUCUCUCUCAUGGCCUAACUUCACUGUCUGAUAUGAUAACUUUUUUUAAAAAUUUCGGUUUCUCUGUCAUGGCCUAAUUUUGCUGUUUUUUUUUUUCUUUUAAUUUUGGGUUUCUCUCUCAUGGCCUAAUUUCGUGUCUGAUAUAAUAACUUUUUUUUUUUAAUUUGGUUUUCUCUCUAAUGGUCUCAUUUCGAUGCCUGAUAAUGUAGCAUUUGGGUUUUUGUUCAUCCUGGUUCGAGUUCGAUUAAUUAUGUCAAGUUUUUUGCUCAUUUUAUACUUAAUUUCAGUGGGUUUCAUGGAGUCUUAGUUCUGUAUCUGUUGACCUUGAGUGUGCGAAGUGGCUUAUACAUGUGGUAGGGAGAUAAGGGUGUUAAAUGCAUGUGGAAAUGAUGGCUGCUUGUGCGAGAGAGUUUUGGUAACAUAGUUAGGUAGUAACGUAGUGUAGCUAGUGAGAUUAUUAGUCUACUUAUACGUCUUCAAUUUUGAGUGCAAAAAAGCACCGUUUUUCUUUGUAGGUGAAUUUAGUGGCUCAUGAUGGGUUCUCUAGUAUUGGCAAUGGAAAACAACAAUGCUCUUGUGAUUUCACCAGAUGCCAUUCAGAAAAAACCACAUGAUUCUCUAUUGGUUCCGAGGAAGUUCUUUGCAUCAGUUACUUCAGAAAAGGAAAAGCCAUUUGAUUUCUUUCGUACUUUAUUUGAGGGUAUGAUAGCAGGCGGUACUGCUGGAGUAGUUGUUGAAACUGCUCUAUAUCCAAUAGAUACAAUAAAGACUCGAUUGCAGGCAGCUCAGGGUGGAGGCAAAAUCAUUUUGCAGGGCCUGUAUUCUGGCCUUGCUGGGAAUCUAGCAGGGGUCUUACCGGCUUCUGCUAUAUUUGUGGGUGUAUAUGAACCAACAAAACAGAAACUACUUAAGAUUUUUCCAGAAAACCUCAAUGCUUUUGCUCAUUUGACUGCAGGUGCCAUUGGAGGAGCAGCCUCUUCUCUUGUUAGGGUUCCUACUGAGGUAGUCAAGCAAAGGAUGCAAACUGGGCAAUUUGCUUCUGCACCUAGUGCCGUUCGCCUCAUUGUUGCUAAUGAAGGUUUCAAAGGACUUUAUGCGGGAUAUGGGUCAUUUUUGUUACGAGAUAUACCUUUUGACGCCAUCCAGUUUUGCAUAUACGAACAACUACGGAUAGGUUACAAGAUAGUGGCACGAAGGGAUCUUUAUGACCCAGAGAAUGCUCUGAUUGGUGCUUUUGCAGGUGCAUUAACUGGUGCUAUGACCACUCCUCUUGAUGUCAUUAAGACCCGAUUAAUGGUGCAGGGAUCAACCAACCAAUACAAAGGGAUUUUCGAUUGCAUUCAGACAAUUGUAAAAGAAGAAGGGCCUUCUGCUCUACUGAAGGGCAUCGGUCCUCGAGUACUCUGGAUUGGAAUUGGGGGUUCAAUAUUCUUUGGUGUUUUGGAGAGGACAAAGCUUAUCCUUUCACAAAGAGAUGCCAAGAAAAAGGAUCAUUAAAUUGUUCAAAGUAAUUUUAUUCAGCAAGCAGUUUGUACUUGCAUGUAUUCUUUAUCAAUUGGCUCAAGAAAACAUACUUGAUUAUGCUCACUCCACAAAGGAUGCAAAGAAUGCAUGGCAUGAAAAGACACAAAUCUGAGCUGGUUGGCUGUCAUUCACCUAUGAGGAGGCUGGAAAGUUAACAACAUCAGUGCCCAAAGGAGAGACAAGAAUGAGAUGAACCCUUUUGUUGCUGGGAGUUUGUUCUUUGAUUUAUUUUGAGUUUGUCAUUCACCAUGUGUUUGUUGGUUAGAGUUGAAGCUGAAAUUGAAAUGCGACCAAUAUCCAUUGAAGUAUCUCUCACCUCGAAAACAUUUGAUGUGGUGUUUUGUAGGAUUGCAGUAGAAAAGAACUAAUUUCAUUAAGCUCUAAA